GCUGAUUGGUUCAAACUGCUUACGUCAUUUUUCUGCGAUUACUACUGUCGCGAGGAAAAAAUGGCGCCUUCUCCAACAAAAAGGAAGGACGACGACAAGAGCAAACAGCGCAGUAAGGACAAGUCAGGAGCCACUAAAGAGGGAGCUGACAAAGGCCGGGGCCGAGAAAAGAACCGCACCCGACGCAGCGCUUCUAGCAGGAGCAGCAGGUCGAGCUCCAGCUCCAGCAGCAGCAGCUCAGGUUCCAGCUCUGGCUCCUCCAGCGGCUCAAGCUCCUCCGCCUCCAGCCACUCUGGCUCCUCCAGCUCCCGCUCUUCUUCCUCCUCAUCUUCAUCAUCCUCACCAAGCCCCAGCCGCCAACGCCACAACAACAGACGACGCUCGCGCUCAAAGUCAAAAUCGCCAAAGAAGGAAGGCAGGGAUCGACGACGCAGGAGUCCCACACCCAAACCGACCAAGGUCUUCCUGGGUCGGCUGACCAGAAACGUCAUCAAGGAGCACAUCCAGGAGAUUUUCUCCACAUAUGGCAAGAUCAAGAUGAUUGAAAUGCCCAUGAACCGCAUGCACCCUCACCUGUCCAAGGGGUACGCCUAUGUGGAGUACGAGACCUCCGAAGAGGCAGAGAAGGCUCUGAAGCACAUGGACGGAGGUCAGAUCGAUGGUCAGGAAAUCACUGUCACAGCUGUGCUGACUCCUACAGUGCGCCCCCCUCCUCGCAGGCUUUCCCCUCCCCGGAGGAUGCCUCCUCCGCCCCCGAUGUGGCGCCGGACUCCACCUCGUAUGAGGAGAAGAUCUCGGUCUCCACGCCGACGGUCUCCAGUGCGGCGCAGGUCUCGAUCGCCUGGCCGCCGCCGCCAUCGGUCGCGAUCAAGUUCCAACUCCUCACGCUAGCGAUCGUGAAGCCUUUCUUCUCCCUCGCCUCCUCUGAAUUUAUUCUUUUGUUUCUGUGUGGCGUUUUCCCUGCUAAGCCUCGUCUGUGCAGUCGUCGGGCUCCUCAGACUUUAAAACGGCAAGUUUUAAAGUCAAACACCGCCUGAACGUAAAGACGUUCAGGCGGUGUUUUAUGAUAAUAAGACAUAAGAAUUAUGUUGCUUCAUUUUUAUUACAUUGAAAUCUUUUCAUUAUUUUCUAAUAUUUUUGUUGUGUUCAUGUAUUUGAAAACAAUAGAAACACAAAACUGUAAAAGAGCCUAAAAGGCAAAUCUUCAUGUGUCCCCAGUAAGAAAAAAGGCUGUGAGAUCAGAAUAAAAGAACCUCUUGUAUGUUUAUGAA